GAGAGAGCAAUUCUCUGCACUUGGCAUUUCCCGCGUUCGCUCGCUGGUCACGAAUUUCCUAUUUGUCUAUCAACGAUGGCUGACGCAUCGAUAUAUAUCGAUGACCUCAUCGCCCGCGGCAACUUCCUACUGCUGCGGUGAAUGUGCUCUUUUCAAACAUGGGGAGGUUACUUUUUUGAAGUACUAUGUGGGAUCUUGGUAACCGGGGUGCCGUGUUGUUGAUAAGUGUGACGUGUGGUUGCGUGCUGGUGUACAACGCGUGGGGCACGAUACUGGCUCUGGCGUUUUCGUUGUUGCUCGUGGUGUACGUGUGCUACUCGCUGCUCGCAAACGACUGCUUGGUAUCACCGCACGCGUAUUACAUACUUGGCUACCUGCGGCAAGCGGUUGUCGAGCUUGCCACCGCCUUGCGCACCACCGUCGACCACGGUACUCGGUAUCUACGUAAGCUCUGGCACAGUGCGAAACGUUUUCGUGAGUAUUUUCCGUUCGGGAUGGAUAGGCGACGCGCGAACAGUUACCAGCUCAGCAGUGAUUCGUAUGCUGCGACUACCCCCGCCGUCGAUUCCAUCGCGAAACGCAAGACUUUAUCACCGUCAGCGUCACUGUCGACGUCCACGUUCAGCUUAAUCAAUCAGUUAAGCCCGAUUCCACUUGCCCGUUAUCCUCGUUCGUGCAUCAAUGAGACGCUCGUGGCAGAUGACAGGUCCUGUCAUGGUACGCCCUAUCACGCUGGCGAUCAUUAUUUGCAGCAGCAGCAGCAACUCCUUUACGGCAAGCAUACUUCUACACCGAUCUUCAAGAAAGAUGUCAGGGAAAGGGAUUCCAAAAAUGGUAACAUCGAUAUAGUCUCGCAGUCACGCGAGAUAUCCUCUAAGAAGAGCUCCCCUAUGUAUGCUCAGAACCAUACGCUGAGCCGUGGUGAGAACGCCACGCAAUUCAGUCCCGAGGGUUCGCCAUGGGGCACGAGUAUCAGUCCCAAGAUGCGUCCUAGGCCGGCAGGCAUGAAAACUGUCCAGACUACUGCGGGACCGUUGUUGGCAUCGACGAGAUACAACAUUGAUCCAAAGGUAUACACAGACGUGACAUCACCAGGUCUUACAACAAGACUGACCAAGUAUGCUACAGAAGCAAAAAGUAAAUUAAAUCACCAGUCUCAGUAUGGCAUGGGACAAUUUCCGAAAGUAAAUCUCCACGCGAGUCCAGUUCCUAUGCUAACCACAAAAUUAACAAAAUUGAGAAUGCCAGUCACGGUUAGAGUGGCACCGCCAGAUGCGGUCAAGUACUCGUCGCCGGAGAGACAAAAAAUAUUACAUAAUAUUUGCCACAUGGAAAACAAGUCGCCCACGAGCGUCGUUCAAGUUCUGAGAGAGAUUUCGUUGAAACGACACGCAUCGAGGGAAGACAUCAGCUUCGACGUGGUUAAGAAACAAAAGACGGAGGGCUUCUUCAGCGAGGAAAGGGAAAUGGCUCUGGAGGAGACUAAGCAGAAACGACCUAGGGAUGAUGUGUCUAAAUCGGAAGAGGAUCUUUCUCCUCAAAGUAAAUCUAGUAGACCUGCAAAACGUACAAAAACGCGAUCCUGUUACGAUAUCCUAAAUUCGCUGAGUUCAAGCAUCAAUGUUGCUACCGGCGUUAAAAGGAAAGCAGUGGAUUUCUCGCGUAGUGGAUCACCCGAUUUCGAGAAGCACUUCAAAUCCUUGGAAAGUGCACAACACAAUCAUUCUUCUGCUAUGCCACGGUCUCAGAACUUGAACACCGAAUGUAACAGACCGGAAUUUAAAGAAAUAUAUUCGAGAAUUCCGGAAAAGCUCGGGUCUAAUAAAUCAGAAGAGUUCCCAUUGAUGAAGGGGAUACUGAAGUCGUAUAAAGAGUCGAGAGUCAACUUGAAUAAACCAGCACCUGUAAUCCACAAGACCAUAAAAAGCACAAGGGAUAUAACUGAUAGCAAGGGAUCUAGUGUCUCGACGAAAUCUGUCAAAUUGACGGAUAAGCUAUUUAUGAGAGCUGAACCCAAAAGGAACGAGCAAUUAAAGAUGCUCAUGGAAGAACCGAGUAAUGUGAAGGCCAAAUUUACGUCAAAUAAUGUGGAAGAAAUAAGGAGAGAAGACAUUCGGAAUAUGAGACAAACCAGCAUGAAGGCGAGGCUUCAAAGUAUGUUCGAUGCGAUAUCGGGAAAAGAGAGCAGAUUCAAUCCAGACGUUGUGAUCCAAGCGGAGGAUGUUAACACAGAUGCUGCACCAGCUGCAGUAGUCACGUGCUCGGCUGUUUGCGCGACUCUCAACUCGUCAACGACCACAACCAACGUUAACACCACGCCGCUCACGACCGCGGCUAUCGUACCGAGUGGAUUCUCCUCGUCGAAAAUUGAUACGAAGGCCGACACGAAAGCAGUUGCAGCUUUUAGCUUACCGAACGUCACGUUAUCGACGAAAUUGGACGUGCCAGCAACGAGUACACCCGAGAUAAAAGAGACAAAUUUGCCUACUAAGAUAGCUGACGCGAUUGAUCAACCGAAAAUCGUGUCGACGGCGUCUACGGUGGCGAGCACGGAAUCCACCUCGCAACAAGUUACUUCCGCCCCAUCUGCAACGCCAAUGUUCGCUUUUGGCAAACCAAUCUUGCAAGCACCAGCUGCAACAUCGAGCAGAUCAUUGCCAAGCUUUGGUAGUGGUGCACUGGGUAAAACCAGCUUUCCAUCGAUUACUACGACAAUAACACCGUCAACUUCGACUAACUUCCUCGCAGCCGCGUCAGGAAAAAGUCCGGGAAAUAGUACGCCUAUAAGUUUGGCGUUUGUACCUAUAAGUUCUAGCACCAACUCUAGCACACCGGACGCGAAAAUCGAGACGAGUAACGCGGUUGCGAACGCAAGCAUCGGCUCGCCUACCACGGCAAGCAGCACCAAGACUAGCUCCAUCUUUGCUUUUGCUAGCAACAAACCUCUUCCAAUCUCCACGACGCCGGCUCAGACCUUACCGUCGAGUUUGCUGUCGCAAACCACCAGGACCUUACUGCCAGUUCAGGCGACUAGUGCGACUAGUAUCGUCGGUUUUACUGCAAGUACACCCAACCCUUCCGCGACAGCGUCGAGCAUCGCGACAACAACGGCCGCGUCCUUGUUCAGUUUCGGAAGCAAUGCUACCGCUUUACAACCUCCCAAGUCGGAUAUCUUCUCGUUCGGCCAAUCCAGUAAUGGGAGCGUUCAAGCCGCGAGCGGCCAAGCGAUACCACUGCCGCAGGCUGCCAGUAAAUCUUUCAGUUUCACGUCCAGUGCCCCGACAGCGAUCAACGCAAGCAGUUCGUUUAGUGCGAACGCAACGACUACGGCAACAACAAUACCAGCCUUUGGAUUGCCGACGACAUCUACGUUCUCGUUAGGCACGUCCAUCGUUUCUACAACUUCAUCCAGCAGCAAACCCCUGUUUGUUUUCGGUGCUUCCAGUGCAGCUUCGAGUGCAGCUGCUGCUGCACCAGUUACCACCGCUGAUAAUACUGCUACUGGCUUAGGUACAAUGGGCAAUAAAGCGAUUUCGGCGUUUGGGGCACCUACAACGACCGUUCCGCAAUUCGGCGCAGCUACCACGUCCAUCUUCGCCGCUACGUCGAACACCGCUACGUCGAAUGCAAGCAUCUUCAGUGCGACUCAGCCGGUCUUUAGAGCCGCAUCAGGAACUGCGAGUAUAUUCAACACCUCCAAGACCACUGAGCCCUCGAUCUUCGCUUCGACGACCACAUCGUCCGCGCCGCUAGACACGGCUGGCACGGCUGGUUCCAACUUGUUUUCCAAUGCCAGCGCCACUUCGACGACCUCGACGUCCUCGGUGUUUAGCAGCGGCGCGCCAAUUUUCGGUCAAGUAAAGCCCUCAACGUCUUUCGGGGCGAGCACGGGCCGCAUGUUCGGCAAUGCGACGUCACUGUUCGGCUCGACCACGCAGACCACGAGCGCGCCCACGUUCGGCAACAUCUCCACCAGCACGAUCACCCCCUCGAAUUUCGAGAUCGCAAGUAAUGCGGCGCCCGCGUUUGGGACGAAUGUCGGAGCAGCGACGAGUACACAGGCGACUCCGGCUUUUGGCGGUGCAACUAGUAUGUUCGGUUCCACUGAUGGCGCAUCGCCGGUCCCCAUAUUCGGAGCGAACGCUGCGUCUCCGGCUGCUGGAACUUUCGGCGCGUCGUCGGGAACGAGUGCCUUCGGCGCACAGAAUUCAACGGGCCUCGCGUUCGGGACUGCGAGCGGCGGCGGCGCUACAUUUGGCGACAGUAAAUCUCCAUUUGGUAUAACACCCGCGACGACGACUGGUUUUGGCACGCCCAGUUCAUCCAUUACUGCCUUUGGCGGCAGUAAUCCCAACAGCAAUACUAACAACGCGAGCAACAUGUUCGUUUUUGGAAACAACCAAAAGGAGGGGCAGCAGACCACCACAUUUUCCUUUGGAUCCAGCUUCAACGCUGCGAACAAUAAUUCGGCCACCGCACCGCCCACUCCUUUCCAGUUUGGAUCCCCGUCUACCAAACCGACAGCGGCAGGGUUUAACUUUACCCCGCCGGCGGCCCCUACCAUCAACUUUGGGGCGUCAGGCACCACGCCGGCUUUCAAUCCUUCGACGCCCGGGAUGUUCAACAUCGGGAGCGGAUCUACUGCGCCGCGAUCUAGAACAAUUCGCACGCGAAAACCAAGAUGAUGUCAGACCAGAAUGUAAAUGCUCUGCCUAUUCGAGAACGCAGUCUUGUUGAGGCUCAUCUGGUGUGUUUGCUUUUUUAAUAAUGUAAUUUCUUGCCCAUAAGAGAUACAAUCGACACGUGUGCCGCAUAUUUAAUUGUUUGGUAAAUAAAUCACAUUAACAGAGAUUUUUUCCAUAUUGAAGAUUGGUGAAGAUAAUAAGCAAUGAUCGGUAAUGUUACUGCGUUUCAAAAUCGUCUGAUGAUAACUAAUAAGUGUAUCUACUCUGUGUGUGUGUGUGUGUGUGUGUGUGUGUGUGUGUGUGUAUAUAUAUAUAUAUAUAUAUAGGUAUUUAUACGUAUAAUACAUAUACAGAAUAGAUACACUUAUCAGUUAUCAUCAGACGAUUUUAAAACGUAACAUUACCGAUUUUAAAACAGUAACAUUACCGGUCAUUAUUACUGUGUAUAUAUAUAUAGGUAUAUGUACGUAUAAUAUUACAUAUAUAACAGCAUUUCGUUUAUUAACAUUUUAGUCCAAUUAGUAGACCGAAAUGACAUAAUUUUGCAAAAAAAAAGAAACAGCUGCUUCAACUCCACAUACGCAACAGUCGCUUCACACAACUUCGAUAUUACACAGUACGAUACGAGACGUGCUUUAGAGAUCGAGCGUGCAUAAAAAUUCAUUUACCUGUACAUUUGUAUCUAUACUUAUGAAUUACGAUAGCAAGCUCUUGUAGGCAAUAUUUUAAAUCGCCCUUAGUGUUUUAUUAAAUAGUUCAAUGAAAUUGAAGGUAUCCGUAGCAUUUCUCCGUUUGUGUUUCGUUUCUUUCAAGUUUUCAUUAGAAUAUUACAACCGAAAUUAUAUUACAUAUAUAUUUCCCAGUACAUAUAACUAGUAACGUACAACUGACGCAUUCUUAUUAUUUUCACUUCACAAAUGUUCAUCGUGUCGUUCUUAUGAAGCGUAUUUCUUAUCCACUAGAAAAUUUCGCAUUAUCGCAAAUCUUUAUAAAAUACAAAAUUGUGAUACGAUAACAGAAAUGUAUUAUGUUAUGACUCGUUGUAAGCAACAUAUCUCCUGCCUUCCCGAUACCUUCCUCAGAAAAAUUGACGAAUGAAAAUCGUAUAUAAGUAAACGUUCUUCCAUUUAUGCGACGAGAUGAUAUAGUACGAUGAUGUUUGAGAUUCAUCGAGGUAUAUGCAUAAAUUGAGACAUAUAUGUCCCGUGUGGUUGCCGAACUUUGUAUAAAAUUAGAACAAAAUACAUAUUUUAUUUAUUUGUAAUGUGUUAUUUAUGAAGAAUUUACUAUCGGCUCAAUAGCAAUGCGUUAUUCAGGGCGCAUUUCGUCGUGUUCGAGUGAUGCGUUUUCUGCUUUCUCACGUAAUGAGUAAUAUUGAAAAUAUUGUAUCAUUAUUAUGUUUAUCUGUUACAUACAUAUAGAUAUGCUGACUUCAUGUAUUUUUACAUAUUAAUUAACAUCAAGCGAACAAAUAUAUUAUCAUGUAGCAAUAACAGAAUUAUGGGGUUGAAUAUACUCUUCUAUUAAAUACUUUAACUAUCCAAAACUGUUAAAAUUAUCACAAAUUUUAAAAGACCUCGUGGUUAAAAUAUUCUUAUGCGUGAUAGGGAGAGAGAUAAACAGAGAAAGAGAAAAAAACACAAAGAGAGACGUGCGCUAAUAUGUUUUAUUUAAUUAGGAUACGAUGCAACAAUUAUACAGAUUAUUGCUA